CGUGUACUUUCUGCAGAAACAGGCGCACACAUCCCUCGCUGCCUAGCUGCCCUGUCUAUUGCUACAAUUACUUAAACAAGAUUUGCUUUAUUAUUCAUACUAUUUUCGAAAAGGUGAAGACAUUGAUUUUCAUAAUAUCGGGACACAAACUUGAAAAUACAGAAAAUGGGGAGCUGUGUAUGUAAACUACGUUCAUCCAGCAACGAUCCUACAGAAUUGAAUAUUGUGCUCAUAGGAAGUCAUUCUGCAGGAAAGACUACUGUUGGAAACAUAAUCCUUGGAAGAAAGACUUUUCCUUCUCGGCAAUCCAAUCAUAGAACUAGUGUUAGAAAAUUGCGUAAUGUAAAUGACUGUCUGAUUACUAUUGUCCGUACACCUGGAUGGUACAGCCUUGAAAAUAUUGAAAAGAAGACAAAAGAUCAGAUUAAAGGAUCGUUGUUUCAAAAUGGAACGGAUGCUUUUCUUCUGGUCGUAGACUUGAAGUCGAAGCCAUUUGACGGAAGUGAGCAGAAAAUUCUGGAAAGUUUGCUGACGGCCAGAGUCUGGAAUCAUACCGUGGUGGUGUUCACUAAUGAGGAGGCAGUGGAUAAGACAGGCGGUACAAUUAAGGAAUAUGUCGAUUCUUUUAAUGAGCUGAUUCAGAAAUGUGGAGGGAGGUAUGUUGUUCUCAAGAGUGGAGAGGAGUCCUCUGAUUACGAUCAGGGCAAAAUGGUAACAGAUGCUGUAAAAAGCAUGAAGACAAAAAACCACAAUCAAAGGUAUCUGAAGGAAACGCUCCCUAAAGUACAGAUAAAAACACCUGCAGAUGAGGAAGACAAUACAGAGGAAACAGAGGUUACAGGGGAAAAACAGGGGAAAACAUUGAUCAAAAAAAUACAUGGGGAAAAAAAAAGAAACCAAUGUCCAACAGUGCAAAUGCCGACACAAGGAACUGACUCACCAAAUGAAACACAGCAGUUAAUUGAAGUGAACACAGUUUCUGAAUUAGCCCAAAGCCCAGUUACUCAGGAUAAGUGCAUAAAAAAACCAAGGGGCCAUGACAUUGAUGAGAAUGAGUGGACCACCAGUCUUUGUCAAAUCCUGGAUGAACUCCUUGAAGACGAUAUCAAAAAAUUCAAGUUACAUUUACAAAUGGGAAAUAAUGACAAGAAAAGGGUCCCUGCUGGAGCACUUGAAAAAGCUGACAAGGUGACGCUGGUGCAGCUUUUACUAAAACACCUUGGAGCAAACGACUCUGUCACAAAGACGAGAGACGCCCUGAAGUUCUUACCCCGCAACGACCUGAAGAAGUCGGUCAUGCCCUUUCUGAGCAAACUCGGAGAAACAUGGUGAUGGAAUGAAGUAAUGAAAGUCAUUCUAAUGAACCAUUCUCAGGACUGUAUGAUGGACUGCAUUAUCUUCAUAAAUACCAACUGAGAUUCAAUACGGCAUUUCAUGACAAACGAUUACAUUUAAAGAAUGUUAUUGAGCAAUAAUUACAAACUUUUUUUUUGUUGCUGUUUUUUCAUGUGUUCAUUCUACUUCUUGUUACUGCUUGCACAGUGGCCAUGUACACAAUUGAUACUUUUUUUCACAUGUCAGAAAAGUUGAAAAUGUAACCUUUUAUUGUGUUUUAAAUGAUACUGUGUUUAGCCUUGUGUUUAGAGAGGCCACCCCCAAAUGAACUGUUGGCAAGAUUCAGACUUAGGUAAACAUACAAGACCCUUAUCUUGGGGCUGAAGACUAAGAAGAGUUGGGGGUUAGUAGGAGAUACAGUUUGACAGAGCUAGAAGGGAGACUGAGGUCUGGUGACCAUUAGCUGGUCACCUAGUGGGAGUAGGGUUGAUGUUGUAAAUGUCCACUGCAAGGAACGCACACUUGAGCGCAAAGUCUUUGCAAGAGAGCCAAUGAAAGGAGAGCCAUGUGACCGUUGCAUGCCUGUGUAUUACCAAAUGAUUGUGGAGAGCGGUUUUGUUUAAAUGGUUAGCUAGCACAACAUGCUAGCAGACAACUUUGUGACCACCAUGGCGUUUGGUCUUUGACUCAUUGUGGGCCGGGGGCCAGCAAUAAAGCUUUUUUAACUUCU